AAAUUAUAAGGCAUAAAAAAAUAUUAAUUAAAUUAGAAAAGAAAAGCGUACAGUUUUACUUCGAAGAAAAAAGCUAAAUAUCUAAUAUCUAUGUGCUGGGUUUCAGACUUAAUGAUUAUUUUUCUGGGUUCUAUUCAUCAUACCGUAUGUGCCAUAUUCGGGAUUAUACAAGUAUUACCAAACACGCUGUAUAGACAGGCCAAUUUUAUUGGUACUCAGAGCGAACAUGAUUUUUUUAUAAAAGUCUUAACCUGCUCACGUCCACUACUAUUAAAAAAUAUCUAAAAAAAACAACAAAAAUACAUGGACGACAAGAACGUACCUACCUACUAUUAUAUCAGUAUCUCCAAGGAAAUAAUAUUGACCAAUUUUUAUUUCAAGGAAUGUAAUGGAUAGUCUCCAAAGUUUUACUUAGUAAUUGCUGUUUGUGUUCAAAAUUAUUGAAAAUUACGUAUAUCGUUUAUGUGGCAGUGUUUUGACAGUUGUCAUAAUGGAAUGUUUAUAUUCAAGAAUGGUUUCUGUGAAGUUUCGUGUAGUAUUCGGACUCUAAAAUUCUACUGCGAAACCAGGACAAUUAAGAAAAAUGAAAGCUUUCAGUGAGAUUAUAAAUAUAUAUUUUUGUGGCCAUGGAUGCUAAAGAUUUGAGGAUUGAACCAGCCCAUGGUGAUCGCAGUAAUGAUGUUUCGAGUAAAUACAUUGGAACUACGAUUCCGUGCAGCAAUAAGAAUUUUACAGAAGUAUCCUCGAACCCCUUAGCGAAACAGGAUACCCCUACCUCACGGCCAUGUGCUGUCAUAGGCCCCGAUCGAGUACUACCACCGCCAAUAAACACCGAUAUUUAUUUAAAAAAGAACAACUACGAGUCAUGGCCACCUGCGGAAAGUGCGUUCCGUCAUACAUCGGAAUAUCCUCACAAAACCUAUCAGAACCCUAUAAGAAAUAUAUCACCAAGACAAACAUUCCAAGAAAACAUGCAGCGUAUUAUGGUGGCACCUACUUACAACUCGGUAAAAACAAAUGAAGAUGCAAAUUUUGCAUUGGAUAAAAGUGCACCCUCAGAUAAAAGCAACCAGUUAGGUGGCCUUACUGAACCCAAAUAUUGUGAUGUGCCUUAUUCUAUUAAUCAUUUAAAUGAUAACCAAAAAAAUAGUGAAAUGUGUGUUUCAAAUGUGAGUAAUCCUAAGAAUUGUCCACCAAUAUGGCAUCCCAGUGGAGUAAAUAUAAGGCCUGCAAGGCCUUAUGGUAUUCCUGAAUUGUACCAAUUUCCUGAUUAUGCAAGUUGUGCUGGUCCGAGAUCAAUGUCAAUACCAAGACCUCCACGCAACAUAAAUGAAGAUAAUAGUCACCUCUUCCCAGAGACAUUCUAUCACCAUGGAAAUAUUCGGUUUAAACCAUAUCCAAAUGUUAAGGAGAGAUAUGCUCAAACCAGGUAUGAAUAUGUUAAUAAUUACCCUAAUCCAUUCCACCCACCUCCUCCAUUUCCUCGUAAUAAGUAUGAUUUGCAAAAACCACUAUCUACCCAUUCAUCAUACCCACAAGUUCCAAUGAAAUAUUUGGAUAAUAGAGUUAAUGACCCUGUUAUUGAUGGCUACCAAAGAUCUAACCAACAAAUUAAUUAUAGUACUCCAUACCAAAACCAAAUGUUACAUCCUGCUUUUGGAGCUGUGCUACCAAAUGGUAUGCAAAGUAAAUUGUAUCCAUAUCCAUCAGAUAAAACUAUGCAUGCCAACAAACUACCUUAUGAGAACAAUAAACUUUAUCUAGAUUAUGAUAAUCAAAAUAAAAACUAUCCUAUUCCAGAAAAUUAUUACAUGAAUGAUAUUGCUAGACCUCAUGUCAAAAGUCAAGUUAUUGUUCCCAACUACCCUACAAUCAAUAUGCAACCAAUUCCACCACAUGCAUAUUAUCGAAAAGAAAGCCAUUUGCCUAAGGGUUAUGAAUACAUAUCCCACAUCCGACAUGACCCAAACAUUAACAGUAGUAAUCAUAUAACUAGAAUGACACCCCAGUUUUCUCCUAAUGGAAUAGCUUUCUCACCAUCGGAUAUAGACAGACAGACUAGUAAUGAUAGUUCACACCACCAAGCUGUGGAAGAUUGCGGAUAUUUAGGUCACUCAGCUACUGGAAGUGUUAGGAGUGGUAUGCAUAGAAUAAUGCAGAAUGACAUUCAUAGGAGGUACAGUUAUCAACCUAUGGUUCGGACAUCUCCUUUUGCAACAAAAUUACAAUCAAAUCCUAAAGACAAAAAAGGAAUAGAUGUCAGACAGUUUUUACAGAUGUGGAGUGAAGGUGAUGAUGAGAAUGCCAAUAGUACAAAAGAGGCUUCAGUAAAUUACAAUCAUGGUUCUAAUAAAUCUUCUAAUCAAUUUGAAGAUAAAACACAAGAACAACUUUAUGUGUUAGGAUUAGUUAAUGUUCCAAGUGAAGAACUCGAUAAAUAUGAACAUAUUCAAAAAGUGUCUAAACUACCAGAUAACAUAAAAGGUUACAACAACAUAGAGUUGCUAAAACAUUUUGAAGAAGCAAUUGAAUCUUCUAACUUAAAUAAUUUUAAUGUCAAUAAGACAUCUACAUCGAGGAACUUUCAAACUCCAAAAAAUAUUGUGACAGACAAAACAAUACCAGUACGACCAGUUUCUCCACUUGAUGUAGAAGCUAAAAUAAGUCAAUCAGUCAUACAUAAAGAAGUAGGCUGUAAUUUUGAAAUAAAACCAUGUAGUCCAGAAAUGUUGAAUGUUGAAGUUGCUGCUCCUGUACGAAAUAUUCUUGAAGAAAGAGUAAUUGAGAAAGUGUCUAAUCCAUAUCAAUCACCCGUUUUAAGCAAUAUACCUGAUAAUGGCAGAAAUUGUAAUGUAUCGAAACAAGUCAUUAUGAUGAAUGACAAUAGUAAAAUUCCAAGCUGUAACUUGAUAAAUACUCCAUGCUUAAAUAAUGAUGUUGCAAAUGUUAUCAGAGCUGACUAUAGUUUGCAAGAUUUAGAAAGUAAUUCUGGAGUUUGCCUUGCAUCCUUACCAAGACUUGACAAUGAUAUUGAACUAAGUUUCCCUGAAGUUAAUCAACAAUUUAUCAAUGCCAAUAAGGACACAGUUGUUACAUCAAAAGACAUAAAGAGGACUUUAGAAGACCAUAAAUCUAAUUUAAUAAAUAAAUCUGAAAAAUCUUCUUAUGUUAAUGAAAAAGAAGUUUCAAAAUUAAGUAAAUAUAGAAAAAAUAAAAAAGCGGAAUCAGAGGUUAAAGAACAGGUAUCUCUAUCGAAUUCUACAUUAAUACGUACUGACAGUGUAAUAAUAAAAAAUCCAGAAAAUGUGAAGAUUUUAGAAGAGAAUUCUGAAAAUUUAGAAAAGGAUCAUAAUUUAAAUUUGAGUCCUUCAAUUAUGUUACAUUGUGAAAUAGAAGACAAAAGUGAUAAUCAUGUAAAAGAACAAGAAAAUGAUAUGGCAAUUGACUUCAGCUUAUCCAAAAGUGUUUGCGAUACAAAAAACCAGAUAUCGUGUACUAAUGGCAUAAAUAAUUGUGAUUUGCGUAAAACUGAUAUGAUACCUAUAAUAGAAAAAGACAUACUGCAAUCAAAUGAUAAUAUUAUGGAUUUUGACCCUUAUAAUGUAAAAGUGAUUUCUUCUGAAAUCUCAAUUAAGGAGAAUAUGAACCUGUCGAACCAACAUGGUAACAAAUCAAACCACACUGAAAAUGUUAUACAAACUAUUAUGGAUGAGCAUUUACCUCAAGAAGUUAGUGAAAUGGACGCAAGAAAACUAUUAGAUCAAACAGAUCCAACUUUAGAGUCAGAUUUAAGUGAGUGCUCCUUAAAUAAUCUUAAAACUAACAAUGAAAGUAACAUAUAUGAUAACAGUGUCAAUGACAUUGAGGUCAUAAAAACUUCAAUUUCUUCAACAGACAUGAAUCAAGAAAUUAUUGAUAAGACCAAUGAUAAAAGUGACAUAUAUGAUGACACUGUCAAUGACAUAGAGGUCAUCAAAACUUUAAUUCCUUCAACGGACAUGAAUCAAGAAAUUAUUGAUGAAACCAACAGUGGAAAAUACGAGAUUCUUACUACAAACAACGCUUUUAAUUUAUCAUCUACAGAAUCAAAUGGUGAUAGCAAUAAGAUUGAAAUAUCUAAGGAAAAAUUUGUGUCAGUGAUAAAUAAAGCUGAAAUAAGCAAUCAAAAUGUUGAUAUCAAUAGAGUUUCGACAAAUCGAAAUAAUAGCGAAAUAGAAUCAAAAAAACAGAAUGAAAAUGUUUCAAAUGACCAAGAUUUUACUGAUAAUCUACAUGGUACUAUAGAUGAAAAAUGUAAUUUCAAUACUCCGAAAUAUUCUGCAUAUGAAUCAGAUAAUUUCAACGUGACAUGUGAUAAUGUAAUAAAUAUAUGUCAAAUUAAGAGCUGUAAUUUAAAGAAAGAACUUUUUUCUCCGUGGAUCCAAAAACUCAUAAGACAUAGUGAUAUUAUACAAAAAAAUGAACAUAGGACAGAAGGUGUUAAAGAAUUAUCUAUAGCAAAACAUAAUUCUAUAAACGAAUUUUCUGCUUCUACCACCAGUGAAGAUAAUCCUGCAGAAUGCCUCCUUAGCUCAAAUAAUAUUGAUGCCUUAGUAAACAUAGUAACUAAAAACACACUUAAUAAAAAUCUUUGCUUCGACGAAGAUAAGCAUAAAAAUAUAUCUUAUAUUGAACCCAUUCAAUCAAUAAAAACCCCGGGAGACAUGAAUGAAAAUACGUUUCAUACUACUUAUGAAAAUGAAGACAAUAAGCCAGUAGUACAUGUUGAACAUACGACUCAGAAUCCAUCGUCUAAUAUUUCUAGCGGGAAGAGUAAUAAUUUAUGUGAAGUUAUAAAUGAAGGUACAGAUUUCCCAAAACAAAGUGAUUCAGUGCAAUUACCAAUUCCUUCAACAAAGAAUUGUAAUGUAUUCAUUGAAGUUAAAAAUAAAGUAACAUGUUUAACUGAAAAAUGUGAUGAAAUUUUACCAUUAAAUAUUUCCACUAAAAUAAAAAGUAAUGUGUCUAAUGCAAAUAGUAAAGAUGAAAAUAAGAUGGCAGUUGAUUGUGCUGAACAGAGUGAAGUGAUUCACUCGUCACACAUUGCGCCUGAGAUUCCUAAGAAUAUGUUAGAGAACCAUAGCAAAAUUAAAGAUAAGACUACUCAUCAAUGUGAAAUUACUAUAACUCACAGUAAUGAGAAUGGUAAAGAGCACGAAAAUAAAAAUUGUAACGCUGAGCAAAAUCAGGUCGAUCAAUCACCAGUUACAAGUCAGGAUAUUGGGAAUUUGUAUAUUAAAGAUAUUGAAAAUGCCAAGAAAAUUGUUGUUUUAUCAGAACGAGAUAAACUCAUCAGUUCACAAGUCCCGUUAUUUAAACCUAUUGCUGAGGAACAUAACAAUGUAACUAAUGACGAUUUAGAAUGUGACAAUAAAGUAACAUGUAAUACUACACUACUUGAAGUUGAUCAUUCACCAAAUUUUACAAAUGAGGCUAAUAAGAAAGCUGGUAGUAAAGAACACGACGCUGAAGAUGUCCCAGAGCAAUGUAAAGAAUUCCAACCGCUUGAAAAUAUUGCAGAAAAAAAUUCUAUUGCUGAUGAAAUCUUCGAGAAUGAAUCUAAAAAUUUACGUAGUGCUGGAAAAAGUGAAGUCAAUGUUUUACCAACAUUCAUAUCUGAUACGUCUAGUGAUCAAUGUCCGGGCGAUUGCGAACCUAAACAUAGGAAAAAUACAUUAAAUUUCACUGAAGAAAUCUUGUCAUCUCAAACAAAAAACGAACAAUUGCAUAAUAGCUGCAAUCUAGGUAUCGAAACCAAAAAACAAGAAAAACGUGUUUUAGAUACUGAAAAGUGUGAAGUGAUUCAAUUACCUCUUAUAUCGACAGAAAAAUCAAAACAUUCAUGUAGUAAAGAUGAAAGUAAAGUUGAGGAUAAGAAUACUUUUGCUUAUGAAACAGCCGAUCGAGAUAGUAAAACAUUCCUUGAAACAGACACUCUGAAUACAUUAUCAGAGCAAGACGAAUCUUCAAUGCAAAAUGCUUGUGAUGAAAUUAAACCAAAUUUAAGCUAUCCUUUUGAAAACCGGCGACCAACCCUAAAGAGAUCAUUAUCGGACUCUGCAAUAGCCUUAAUAAAUGAUAUGUCUGAAGAAACAGAAAAUGGAGCUUCAACAUGGUCAAAAAGACGGAGAAAAAAUAAAGAUUUGGUUAAUAUUUGUGAUCCACGUUUUAUAACUGAACACAUUUGCGACAGCCAAACCAAUAGGCGCAAUUCCAUAUCGUCAAUUUAUAACGAUGAAAAUUUAUCAUUUUGUAUAUUAAUUGAUGACAACUGUAUUAUAACACAAGAAGAUGAAGAUAAAAUUUGUUUUGCCGAAAUUUCGGAAGAAGAUCUACCAGAUGUACAAGAAUCCCAUAUUGGAGAGAGUAUGAUACCACCUGCAGAAAUCUUAUUAUGCUCAGAAGAAAAUAACGGUGACCUUGCGGAAACUUUUGUUUUGGAGAUUUCUGAUGAAAGUGCCAUGAAUAAGUCUUGGGUAGAUGAUAUAGGCUGCAUUGAAACAGUAGUUAGCGAUGAUGUCACUCAAGAUGUAAGUCUUAGUGCCUCGUCAUCUUCUAAAGGGGAAAAUCUUUCAGAUAAUGACACAUCAAAUAUAUUUAACGGCACGUACGAACAUACAGAAAAAGUGAAAUAUAUAUAUGGUGAUAAAAUGUGUAAUGAUGAUGCCGAAUUUGUAGAAACGUUAUAUAGAACUCCCCAAAUGAAUGUUAAUAAAACACUAUCAAAUAGAGAAUCUCAUUCAACUGAUGAAUAUGAAGAAUGUAUCGAAACAAAUCCUAAGACAAAAUCUUUGGAGUCAAAUAAUGAUUUUUUUAUCGACAAUGAGCCAAGGGAUAUAUUAGAUUUAGAAAAUAGCAAUACCGAUACUUUGUAUAACAAUGAUCAUUUUAUUGAAAUGAAGGCAAACUUUUUAGAAGAUUGUUCUUUUGAUAAUAAAACUGAUAUAGAAUCAGUUGCAGACAAUAUUACGAAAACUCAGGAUGCUACCGUUAAUUCGUGCGAGUCAAGUGUAGAUAAUGUAUUUUCAUAUAAUCAAGAAAGUGAUUCUUUAAUUUUUCAAACACCUAGUUCUCCUGAAGUGUCAUCAACAACAUCAGAAGAAAAAAAUUCUAUUUUAUUGAAAAUUACAAAUCAUAAAGGGAUGAGAACAUCGCAACUGAACGAAACUAUUAUAGAAAACAGCAGUAAUAAUUGCUGUAAAUUUACCGAAAAUAUUAAUUAUAAAAAUUAUACCAAUUCAUCAAAAUCUGGCCCACUGAUCACAAAAGGGGCUCAGAAAUAUAUUCCUCCGUCAAUUGAACCUUUGGUUGAUCUCAAAGUAAAACUCCCAUUACCCCCACAAAGCCUUUUAAAGUUGAAACAAUUAAAAAUAGCAAGGGCUAUGCCUAAACAAAAUGUUAAUAAUAAAAAAGAAAUUGCUAAGAAGAUUAAACCCAAAUUCGAAGAUGUCCUUAAGAGCAUUGAUGAAAUUCAAUUUAAAAAGCAUAAAGAAAAAUCUAAAAAAUCUAAAAAGCCUGUCCCUAAAGUAAUUAUUAAAAAGAAUGAAAAUGGGUCACAUUAUGCUAGAGUUACAAAUAAUUAUUUUAAUCCUGACUUGACUGGUAGGAAAUGGCAACCGUGGGUGUUCAUAGAAAAGAAUAGCUUUAUUGAUAAAAUGGCUACUAAGAAGAAAACCAAAGCUAUUUUUAAUCAUAGGAAAAAGACCUAUGUGCUUGCCGACAAAUUUCAGAAGUAUAAAUCUGCACCAAGUGCAAAAUUUAUAAUAUCACAGCCAAAAUUAGACGACUUAUCUAUGGGGCAUUUGAAAUAUACUAUUAAGCUGAAACACACAUAUUGAAGGUAGUUUGUUUGCAUUCAUUCCAGUUUGAAUGAUUCUUAACUUUAGUAUAAUCCCACCCUUUUCUUUGGUCUCGAUAAAGCAUUCCUAUGUUUUUCCUUUACCUUUAAUUUAGAUUUUAUUUAAUAGUUACCCAACUUAGUACACUACCUAGUUAACUAAAAGAAAGCCAAAUUUUAAAAUAAGUGUGAUAUAAUAAUAACAAAGAAAAAUGUAAUAUUUUCUAUUUUUUCUGUUUUGUAGUGCAAUUGAUCUGAUAUUUUUAUUAUUAUGAAGUUACUGUUUCAAAUUUUAUAUUGUUAUGAUCAUUCCAUUUUUAAAGCAAACUGUGUAUGUAUAUUAUGUUACAAAAUAUUUAGUUAUAAUGCACAUUUUAUGCACUUUGUUAGCAUCUUUAUUUAUUUAUUAAACUUAAAUUAAGAGACCUAUUAUAUGGAAACAAAUGUCAAGUUAUUACAAAUAUAGUUUUCUUAUCGACAUUCUAAAGCAAUUGUUGAACAUUAAUUAUAAUGUUUCUUUCUUGACAUUUCCAUAGCUGCAAUAAUCAAUAACACGUGUUAAUGAAAUAAUGCUUUAGUAUCAAGUUAGCUAUUUAGGUGCUAAAGCUUUGAAAGUAGUGCCAGAUUAGCCCAUAAGCAAAUUAAGCAAUAAGGACGAAGACUGGGUAAAAAAUAACGAAAUUUUAUUUAGUCAGUCAGUCAGAUAUUAUUGAAAAACAUUAGAUACGUAUUUUUUGCUUCAAUUUUACAAGAAAUGGCUUAAAUAGUAAUCAUUAAAGUUGAGGAGCGGGGCUCACACUUUAGUAGAUUUUCUACGUUACAUGUAUAUAUUGGUAUCGCCCUAACUUAUAGAUUACGCAAAAAAUUAA